CGAUUUUCUACGAUAUCACCGUCAAAGAAAACCCUCAAGGCGAAUCGAUGACAACCCCAAUACAACUGCAAAUUUAAACGUGGAAUCAUUCUAUCGAAAAGAAUUUAAAGCGGUUUUAGAUUCGCAGAUCAACACGUUUACGGAUGUCCUAGAGAACUGUGUUGCCACAAUCAAACCUCUGUUCCAAGCCCUACAACCAGGUCAAGAACCAUCUUCAAUUCAAACCUUUGAAGCUUUGGCGAAGUUCCAUCCCGACAAAGACAGACCAGAUCCAGAUGCUCUUAUGUCUGAAAUAGAGACGUGAAGAUGCUAAAGAUAUUUCUAGCGCCGCAAAAAAAGCAGAGGAAAUGAAGUUGGUGUUCCCUUUGACCAACAGAUCUUUUCGUCUGGUUUUAACUGCCCCAGUGACUGUCGCCAAGGAUGAACAAACUUUUAGUAAGUUAAAAACAGUGAAAAACUUGUGCAGAUCAAGAACUAACGAUGAGAGGUUAGAGAAACUUAUGUUCAUGGCUUGUGAAAAAGACAUCACGGAUGAAAUACCUGUACAGAAUCUUGCCACACUGUGGGCUAGUUUGAAAUCAAGGCGAAUUACCAUCGGUCCGGUGUAAAUUGAACAUAUUUUAGUUACCUAAUUAGCCUACUUUUUGAUUUUGUUUGUCUUUUAGUUGUUCAGAACAAUCACAAUAUUGAUACACCAUGUAAAUAAAAACAAUUCUUAAUAUAUAUUAAAAAUUACAUUGAAAUAUUAUUGAAGUGAUUAUCCUAACCACGCCCCUGCCAAGUCGCUGCCACGCCACUUCGUCGACAAAAGUGAGUCGUGGACCUCCCCCAAGCACAUAGCCUUCGCUACACCCCUGAAUGUGAUAUACUUUGUUCGACAGAUUGGACAAGGUGCACAACAAACGAACGGUCAAGGAAAAGUACGCAAAAAAAAUUAAGCGUGUCCAAGGAGAGGAAAAAGAAGCCGAACCACCAGCCAACACACCACGGUGGGCAAUCAGCGCUGAAUGGUUGAAAUGCAGAAAAGAAAAUGAGGAGUAAGUAUAUCUCAUUAAUUGGCUUUGUCAACAUUUCAUAAGCUUUGAAGAUCAUUAACUAAUGGAACUAUAACAUUUCUUUAACUCUAGCAAUGAGAACGAUGAAAUCAAUGAUGGCAACAGUGACGACCCAGCCAGUUCUGCCAGUGCAUCAGAAGAUAGUGACCUGGAUUUUGAUGAGUGA